AUGCCUUCUUCUUCAGCACUAACAGUGACGCUGUUUGCAGCAUUAGCAUAUGGAUAUGCGAAUCCAGGCGGCUGCUCCGGCGAAUGCGUUGUUUAUGACCCUACAGUCAUAAUCAGGUCGUCAGACAACACCUACUUUCGCUUCUCGACCGGAGAUGAGAUUUACUACGUGACUGCAUCUGACAUUGCCGGGCCGUGGACAGUGGUGGGAUCUAUGCUGCCAGAUGGCUCGUCGAUUGACCUUGCUGGGAACACCGAUCUUUGGGCCCCCGACGCUCAUUAUAUCGACGGAUUAUAUUACGUCUACUACGCCGUCUCGACAUUCGGGUCGCAGGACUCUGCAAUCGGCCUGGCGACAUCUGAGACUAUGGACCUGGACUCCUGGACCGACCACGGCUCCGUUGGAAUCGUAUCCUCCUCCUCGAAAGACUACAACGCGAUCGACCCCAGCCUGAUCGAAAUCGACGGCACUUACUACAUGCAAUUCGGCUCGUUCUGGGAUGAUAUCUAUCAAGUGGAGAUGAACUCCGAGGCCACGGCCGCCAGCGGGUCUUCGUACAACCUUGCCUAUUACCCGGACGGCGACCACCCCGAGGAAGGCUCCUACAUGUACCAGAAUGGCGAUUAUUAUUACCUGUUCUAUUCGUGGGGAAUCUGCUGCGACUACGAUGUGGACAUGCCGGCAACAGGCCAAGAGUAUCACAUCAAGGUCUGUCGCUCCGAGACUGGCACUGGCGACUUUGUUGAUGCAGACGGGGUGGCAUGCUCAGAUGGAGGUGGCACAGUUGUAUUGGAAAGCCACGGAGAGGUUUAUGGACCUGGUGGACAGGGUGUAUACGACGACCCAACUUAUGGCUCAGUGCUUUACUAUGCCUACACCAAUACUUCAAUUGGUUAUGCAGAUGAUGAAAAACAGUUUGGAUGGAAUGUGAUUGAUUGGUCUAGUGGGUGGCCAGCGGUCUAG